AUGGUCUGGAUGAUAUUUUAAUAAUAGCAACUACCCUAUUGUAAGAGGAAUAUUUUCAGGAACUAUUUUAAUAUUUCCUAUUGUAUUUCCUAUUAUAACAGUACUAUUGGUAUUAAUCUUAUUGACUGCAGUUUAUACAAGUCGAUUUUAUAGUUCCUUUAUUGGAUUCAAAGGAGAAAUAUAUUACAUUUCACUUUAAUAAUCCUUUUAUACAUUUGUUUAAUUACUUACUUUAGAUGGUAAUUAUCUAAUGUAUUUUUAGAUUGGGAUGCCAAUGUUUUACCAGUAUUUGAAUCAUAAUAAAUAAUUAUGCCCUAUAUUUUAUUUCCAUGCUUUAUUAUAGUAUCAAACGUGAUUUUGCUAAACAUUUUGAUUGCAUGA